UUCAGUCUUUUCACGUAAUCAACUGCAAUUCUAGAAUGGGAUUCUUGACACCUCAUCAUCAGCUGGCUUUCAUAUUUGGUCUCUUAGGUAACAUUGUUUCGUUCUUGGUGUUCUUGGCACCAGUGCCAACUUUCUAUCAAAUUUGCAAGAAAAAAAGUGCUGAAGGUUACCAUUCAAUUCCUUAUAUUGUUGCACUUUCCAGUGCAAUGAUGUUACUGUACUAUGGUAUACUUAAGACGAAUGCGGUUCUGAUCAUCACCAUCAACGUCAUAGGAUGUGCUAUAGAAAUUCUCUAUCUAGUUUUAUACGUUAUAUAUGCUCCUAAGAGGGACAAGGUUUCAACAAUGAAGUUCAUACUGCUGUUCAACAUGGGAGGCUAUGGCUUGAUCAUGUUACUCACCAAUUUAUUAACAGAAGGGUCCAAACGUGUGGCUGUCAUGGGAUGGAUCUGUGCUGUUUACAAUGUUGCCGUAUUUGCUUCUCCUUUAAGCAUUAUGAGACAUGUCGUAAGGACUAAAAGUGUGGAACACAUGCCAUUUUCUCUUUCCCUUUCCCUCACGUUGUGCGCCACGAUGUGGUUCUUCUAUGGACUCUUCAUGAUGGAUUUCUUCAUUGCAUUGCCAAAUGUGUUGGGAUUUUUGUUUGGAAUAGCUCAAAUGAUCCUUUAUGUCACAUACAAGAAUGCAAACAAGGAUGUUGAAAUGCAGCAAGAAGUAGAUAUAGAGUUAAAGGUCAGCUCAUUGGAGGACGCAAAUCCAUGCAAAGCAGAUCAGCAACAAGAAUCAGAGAAGCUUGUUGAAUCAGACAUGAUGAAUAAUAUUUGGUUACGUCAAUGGAGAAACAACAAAUCCAAAAUUGAAAGACAAAGUUCCAUGUCAAGGAUGCAAGACAGAUACCUUGUCUGGAGGGAC